UUGUAAGUGUAAAUUCAAAUGAGGAUGCGUGUGUGAUACUAUAGAUCCAUACAAGUAACAUAUAUAUAUCUAAUGAAGGGAUUUGUAAAAGAAGGAAAUUCUUCUAACAGCAGAGAUGUAUUGGAUAUGUUUCCGUGCAUUGAUAGAAUAUGAACACUAGCAGAAACAUAGAGAAGAAAAUGGAUUAAACGAGCUUGUAAUAUACAGGCGUAAUUGACAUUUACAAGUAUUUCAGCGAUUGACAGCUUUUUUGACAGGUCUAUUGUUAGUAACAUCGGAAAGUUGAAAGGUUGUUUAUCUGUAAUAUAUAUACAGUGUUUAAAUCUAAAAACUCCUGUCUAAAUGACAGCUAUUAGAUGAAAGGUGGCUUUUGUUAUUCAUUUUGACGUAUUUUUAUUUUUAAAACAGGGAUGACUAGAUUGAUAGUGGUUAAAACAACAAGAAGACGGAGUUAGUUAAAGUAGUUGUAAUUAAUGUUUAUGAGUAAUUUCGAUGAACUCAGGUGCAAAUGCAUUUUUAUAGUAAAUUAGUGUCAUGCUUUGUUUUUUAAAGGACCUAAGGAACACCUAAAAUUUGUAUAAUGAAAACGGAGGUUUGGUGUAACAUGUAUGACGUCUUAACUGAGCAUCGCUGAUUUAAUGUCGUAUAUAAAAAUACUCAGAUGGAUUUAUUUUCACACAAUAGUGUUUUUCAUUAUACAUGUACAGAGAAAAAGUUGAUGCAAAAUCACUGUUGAAAGUUUAGUGAUUAAAACAGAACAAAAAUAGUUUAUAUGAUAAUUCAGCGGAGGUGAUAAUUACAGAAACAGGAGUGAUAACUCACGACAAGUAAAGGAUUUGCAUGGGCCGUAUGAGAGCAAAACUGAAGAAUGUUGUCGUCACAGGGAUUAUUGUUUGUUCAGUUAUCUUCCUGUGGAUGUUGGCCAUCACAAAACAGGAUGGUACAUAUGAGGCGUUGAUGCAGGAUAGAUAUGUGGAAAUGCAAGAGAAACUGGAGAAAUCUGACCUCGUUAAUAAACAAAGGCUCAAUGAUCUGCAGAUUCUCCGAAGUCAGUUCAACUUUCUUGUUAGUCUCGUAACAAACAAUGCUACCAACAGCUCAAUGGUGAAUGAGUUUCCACACAUUAUGAAGGAGAGAGGGAAGAAUUUUAGCGAGGAGCUGGGCUCCCUCCAUCUACCCAGCAUAUUUACCUACCUUCCUCAUCUUACAGGACAUCCAGAUAGCCUCAAACCUGUGUUCAAGCUCUCGAAAAAUAGAUAUGGAGCAUCAAUUGUGAUGGGCAUACCGACAAUCCGUCGAGAAAGAGCCGACUAUCUCUCACAGACAGUGAAGUCUCUUGUAGAGGGAAUGUCUGUAGAAGAGCAAAACAUGUGCCUUAUUAUAGUCUUUGUGGCCGAGCCAUGGGACAAACCCUAUGCAGAAGAAGUUGGCAAACGUCUUAGUAAUGAAUUCCAAGCAUAUUUAGAGAGUGGAUUACUUGAGGUGAUAUCCCCACCAGCUGAGUUCUACCCUGAUAUGGACAAUCUUAAACUAACAUUUGGUGAUACUAAAGAGAGAGUCAGAUGGAGAACGAAACAGAAUUUAGAUUUCACUUUCCUCAUGUUGUAUGCAAGAACAAGAGGUUUUUAUUACGUCCAGUUAGAGGACGAUGUGAUAGCUAAGCCCGGUUAUUUUUCCAUCAUGAAGACUUAUGCUGACCAACAGAAAAGCAAUGACUGGAUUCUGUUAGAUUUCUCCGCCCUCGGUUUUAUUGGUAAACUGUUCAAAUCGUCACAGAUCCCGGUGAUCGUGGAAUUUUUCCUCAUGUUUCAUAAAGAUAAACCAAUUGAUUGGUUAUUAGAUCAUUACCUCAAUGUCAAGGUCUGCAGUCCUGAAAAAGAUAAGAAACACUGUGCACGUAUGAUUGCCGAAGUUCGUAAAAGAUUCAAGCCGUCACUGUUCCAACAUGUGGGCAUGCAGUCUUCACUGAAAGGGAAAACUCAGAAGUUAAAGGAUAAAGAUUUUGGCAAACAGGCCAUUUAUCGUGCUCAUGUAAAUCCACCAGCAACAAUUGUAUCCAAAAUCAAAGCAUAUCAAAAAUAUUUCAUCAAAAAGGCGUACAUUGGGGAAGACGUAUUUUGGGGCUUGUCACCAACUGCAGGGGAUACUGUUGAGAUUAAAUUUGAUCCUGCCAUAGAAAUAGCCAGUUACUUAUUUCGCAGUGGUAAUUCAAACCAUCCAGAUGACAAGUUUCUAGACACUGUUGUAGAGAUACUUCCUGAAGGUGCUAAAGAUGAUGCAUUUGUUAAAGUGGGGGAAUUUAACAAAGAGGGUCUUGCCAGUGCAGAAGUUGAUGCCGAUAUUGGUAAAGUGUCAAUACUUCGUCUGAAAGUCCUGAAAGAAAGCUCAAACUGGGUGAUAUUAAGUGAGGUUCAUAUAGUGCCAAGGCAGACUAGCUGACCGGUCAUAGUUUGAAAAAACAUUGGAGUAAUGAUAACCCAGCAACAGUUCAUGAAAACAGAACGCUAGGUUUCCAAUCCGGGGUGCUUGCAAUAGGAGCUGUUUAGCUCUGCUUUCACUCACUUACUUUCUUCAUCUGUCUUAAUCAUUGCUGUUGUCAGUGACAAACUCUCACUUUCACAGGGAUAUAGACCCCUAUUUAUUGAAAUAGCUCAUGUGACAGAUUUCAGCUAUAUAGUGGUCUGAAACCUUUUCAUCUGUAUAGUGGUCUGAAACCGUUUCAUCUGUAUAGUGGUCUGAAACCUUUUCAUCUGUGUAGUGGUCUGAAACCUUUUCAUUUGUAUAGUGGUCUGAGACCUGAACAUAUUUCAUAGAUCAUAGAACUCAUUGUGUAUUUAAUGGAUUCUCCCACAAAGGUUUGUCAGGCACUAUAUUCAUUGCCAAUUUCAUUGCCAUCAUAAUUAUGUGAUGGAAUAAGGGUGUAAUGCCCUAGCAUUCAGAGAGAAACUUUUUAUUUUGCGUGAUGAAUGCAGAGGUAUUGCAGGUAUAAGCAUUAUAAAUAAUUUAUAUAUAAUUUAUGUGAUAGACUUACAUUUGUACAGGUGUCUGGGGUGUCAGGACAACCAAUAUUUUAGAUCAAUCUUACUAACCUGGUGAAAGAAAUGGAAUCAUCUAGACUGGGAUGCUUUCAUUGUAAGAUUUGUCUCCAUUUAUCAAAUCAGUCUGACUAUUUGGGAAAAUAAAUGUUUAAAAAAAUUUGUGGGGCUCGUUUAGUGGAUGAAGAAUGUUUGAUUAUCACAUUCUGACAUUGCAACUGACAAUAUUAAUAUUCA